AUGGAGAAUCUCAACAACAACAACAAUAACAACAACAUGGAUUCAUCACCAGCAAAGCAACAACAACAACAACAAUCUCACCUUCUCUUUACUCCCCUAAUUAUAUCUACCAUUGGAAUCAUAGCCACAGCCUUUGCCCUCUUGCUCUACCAUUUUAUAGUUAUCAGAUUCUGUCUACGCCACAGGCGUGGAUCCAUCUCCUCGCAGUCACAGUUACAGUUGCAGUCGCAGCAGCAGCAGCGAUUGGGUGGGGUGGACGAUAAGGUCUUGCAGUCCAUCCCAGUCUUAGCUUACAAGCAGAAAGAUGGGUAUGAAUUAUUGUUUCGUGAGGAUCAGAACGAAUGCGCGGUGUGUUUGGGGGAAUUGAAGGAUGGGGAGAUGGUACGUUUGCUGCCUACUUGUCGACAUGCUUUCCACCUUCUUUGUAUUGAUCAUUGGUUCAUCUCUCACUCAACUUGCCCGCUUUGCCGCUCUCCGGCGGUGGUCUCCGUCGUCGUCGGUGGAGAUAACGUCAACAUCGACCUUAGUUUUGCCAAUGCCUGCUCCUCCUCCUCCUCAUCCACCACCACAACUCCUCCUCCUCCUCCUCCUCCAACUGCCGGGAUCGAGGAAGACCACCACAAAAAUAGAGAUGUUGAUAAUGAUGAUUUGGUUGUGCGAGAUCCCAUUUUCUUGGCUAUCAACCUUUGUAGCAUGAACAUUAUUGCUACAAGUGUAGCAACAAAAUUUCGUCCACGGCGCAGCCUGUGCAGAAGGAUUUUGUGCAACAAUCAAGACAUGCAAAACAACGACCAAAUCACAUCUCUCUCUCUCUCAAUAUCGUCGACCGCAACGGCAAUGGCAUCCCGGCGUCUCCGGCAGCUGCAGUCCCUGCCAGAGAACAGAACCUGCGUUGAUUGCUCGCAGAAGAACCCACAAUGGGCGUCGUUAUCCUAUGGGAUCUUCAUGUGCCUGGACUGUUCUGGCAAGCACCGAGGCCUGGGCGUUCACCUAAGCUUUGUCCGUUCCGUGACGAUGGAUUCGUGGUCGGAGCUCCAGCUGAAGAAGAUGGAAUCAAACCCAGGUGGCAACCAAGCUCUCAAUGACUUCCUCAGCGCACGUGGUAUCCUCAAGGAAACCGACAUUCCCUUGAAAUACGGUUCCAAUGCCGCCGCUCUCUUCCGCGACAAGAUUCAAACCCUCGCCAACGAUCGCCCCUGGCACGAGCCCCCUGUCGUCCCCAUCGACUCUCCCGCACCCUCGUCCAAUCCAGCCAAGCAUCGUAAUAAAAUCAAUUGCAGUAUCGCCAAUGAUUCCGUCUCCGACUGGCAAUGGUCUGCAUGGGACGAUAAUGGCGGUAAUUCUAAUCAUCUUCAGAAUAGUAUGCGGAGGAAUCAAUCCGUUGGAAUUUUCAAUUCCAUUACAAACACGAACACAGGAACUGGAGGAGGGGUGACUAGUCCGAGCCGAUCCUGGUCUAUGCAGGAUAUCCAUGGGAAAGUGCAGGCUUCGGCGGCGAACAAGGAAAGCUUUUUCGCCAGGAAGGUUACCGAGAAUGAGGGGAGGCCAGAGGGCAUUCCGCCUUCUCAAGGAGGAAAAUAUGUUGGGUUUGGAUCAACUGGGACUGGGACACGACCAAUCUCAAGGACCAGUUCCCAUGGGGAUAUGUUUGCGGAUACUGUUUCAGCGGUUUCGCAGGGCUUUGGUCAAUUGUCUUUGGUUGCAUCAUGUGCUGUACAGUCUGCAGCCAAUGCAGUCCAAGCAGGCACCCAGGAGCUUACUUCAAAGGUGAGAGAAGGUGGGUAUGGGUAUGAUGACACUGUGAAUGUGGUAGCUCUGAGGACCACAGAAUUUGGACAGAGCACUUGGGGGAUUAUGAAAGAUGUAAUGACCAUGGCAUCUCAAAAGAUGGAGGAAUAUGCUGGAGAUGGAAUACAGAGAAAAGAAGAACAAAAUGACUGCAUAGGAGUGAAUCAGACCAUUGAUGGUAAUGCCAAACAUAAUCAUGGGGACAGUAAAGAUGUUGAGGCGUCUUUUAAAGGAUGGGAUGACUGGGAAGGGGGCAGUCCAGUAUCUACUGCUUCUGUCAGCAAAAAAGAUGUUGAAGAGCUUUCCAAGAAAGACCAGAGUGAUGAAGUUUGGGUUGGAUGGGACUGAGGAAAGACAAUCCACAUUUUUCGGAAUUGUUUUGGGAAAGAAGGGGAAUUGAGGAGGGGGUCGUUCUUGAAUAGGAACCAAGAACAUGUUCUUUCAGUGAUUGCCUACCUUUCUUGUUGCUUAUGCUGCUCCAUUUAGAAAGGUAGGAUUACUGGUACUUGAAGAAACUCACUUUUUCUCUUAAGUUAGAAUAAGAUAUGGUUUCACAAGUGGAAGCACCCCAUUGUUACUUGCACAUUUUGUAAAUUGAACAAGUUGCAUAGUUCUACCCUCUCUUCAUUUAUUUCACAAUUUUUGUAUAUUUUUUUUUGUUCAUAUGUAACAAUGGAUUGUAAAUAUUUGAAUUGUACUUUU